AUGAGUAUUGAUGGAUUGAAGUUCUUACCUUUAAUUUUCUUUUCUCCCUUCCUUUGCUUGUUAGCUUUGGCUAAGCUUAAAAAAAUUAUUGGAAGUAGGCAGACUCCGACAAGACAUCAAUUCAUCUCGAGUUUUUCGAGAUCAUCACAGGUUUCGGAUAGACUACUUCCAGCAAGAGAAGAUGAGCAUGGAGGUCUAAUUGUGGACAUUCAGGAGCCCAUGAACUCUUACCACUUCGCGUCUUCCCUUAGAUCUUCCCUUUCGUACUGGAGGCAACUGGGUAAAAGAGGGGUGUGGAUUAAACUUCCUAUACAACAUUACAAUCUUAUUGAAGCUGCUGUCAAGGAAGGAUUUAAUUACCAUCAUGCAGAAGCAAGAUAUUUGAUGUUAACAAAGUGGCUCCCUCUAGAUGAACCCAGUGCGCUUCCAGCAAAUGCAUCUCAUCGCGUGAGUGUUGGUGCUCUUGUCGUCAACCACAAGAAAGAGGUACUAGUGGUUCAAGAGAAGAAUGGAAUGUUAAGAGGAAAGGGAGUGUGGAAGUUCCCUACCGGAACGAUCAACGAGGGUGAGGACAUUUGUGCUGCGGCUGUGCGAGAAGUUAAAGAAGAAACUGGCAUUGAAACUAAAUUUGUGGAAAUGCUGACGUUCAGAGAACACCACAUGGCAUUUUUCCAAAAGUCGGAUCUUUUCUUUGUAUGUUUGCUGCAACCCUUGUCCUUCAACAUCCAAGUUCAGGAAUCAGAAAUUGAGGCAGCUCAGUGGAUGCCCUUCCAAGAAUAUGCAGCGCAGCCUUUUGUUAAGAAAUAUGAGCUCCUGAGGAACAUGGUUAAAAUUUGCAAGGCAAGUAUCAAAGGUCAAUAUUCAGGGUUUCCUGCAGUGGCUAUCAAACCAAGCUUUAGAGAUGGAAGGGACUGCAUCUACUUCAAUAACCAGGCUUCCAAAUGA